AGUAGCAUCAGCAAGAAGAAAGACAUAUGAAAUGAAGGCAAAGUGUCACUGAUUUUGUUCACUCUGUUCCUAGUGAGAAAUUGAUGGUGUAGAGUCACUUUGGCCUGCUCAAGACCAAUCUGGCAUGAAGAUACAGCUCCGAGGUCAUUAUGGAUCUGAUCAACUCUACUGAUUACCUGAUCAAUGCCUCUACUUUAGUAAGAAACAGCACUCAGUUUCUAGCUCCUGCAUCAAAAAUGAUUAUUGCCCUUUCUUUGUACAUUUCAUCUAUAAUUGGUACCAUCACCAAUGGCCUCUAUCUAUGGGUGCUAAGAUUCAAGAUGAAACAGACUGUCAAUACUCUCUUAUUUUUUCAUCUCAUUCUCUCAUAUUUUAUUUCAACAAUGAUUCUGCCAUUUAUGGCCACCUCCCAACUUCAAGACAAUCACUGGAACUUUGGAACUGCCUUGUGCAAGGUCUUCAAUGGCACUUUGUCUCUGGGGAUGUUCACCUCUGUUUUCUUCCUUUCGGCCAUCGGUCUUGAUCGUUACCUUCUCACUCUUCACCCAGUGUGGUCCCAGCAGCACCGAACCCCGCGCUGGGCUUCCAGCAUUGUCCUGGGAGUCUGGAUCUCAGCCGCUGCCCUCAGCAUCCCCUAUUUGAUUUUCAGACAGACACAUCAUGACCGUAAAGGAAAGGUGACUUGCCAAAAUAACUAUGCUGUGUCUACUAACUGGGAAAGCAAGGAGAUGCAAGCAUUAAGGCAGUGGAUUCAUGUGGCCUGUUUCAUCAGCCGCUUCUUGCUGGGCUUUCUUCUGCCUUUCUUCAUCAUCAUCUUUUGUUAUGAAAGAGUAGCCAGCAAGGUGAAAGAGAGGAGCCUGUUUAAAUCCAGCAAGCCCUUCAAAGUUAUGAUGACUGCCAUUAUCUCUUUCUUUGUGUGUUGGAUGCCCUACCAUAUACACCAGGGCUUACUUCUCACUACGAACCAGUCACUACUUUUAGAGUUGACUUUGAUACUUACAGUGCUAACCACUUCUUUCAACACUAUCUUUUCCCCCACACUCUACUUAUUUGUUGGGGAGAACUUCAAAAAGGUCUUCAAGAAGUCCAUUCUUGCUCUGUUUGAGUCAACAUUUAGUGAAGAUUCUUCUGUAGAAAGGACACAAACCUAAACUCAGAAGCCUAAAUUUAAAUUCUAGAUUCUUAAGCAAACAUGCACUUGGUCAAUUAUACCAAUAGAGAUAUACCUUCUGCUUUUGUAU